UAGCCUUUCGUAAACUUCUUCAACAUAUUAGUACAUAUAUCAGAUACCGAUUUUUCAGCCCAAUCCAAAAGGAUCUGGUCUUCUAACAUAUGUAGUUUAACAAGUACAUCUAAACAUUCUGAAAUAAAUUUUGAAUCUUAGUAGAGACCUGUACGAAGCCCCCACUACUCUGAGGCCCUAGGCAGCUGCCUAGUUUGUCUAUGCCUAAGGCAGGCCCUGAACAAAUUCAACAACAAUAAUUUUAGCAGCAUUACAAAUAUAGCCUACAGUUGAAGUGUUUUGGAAACGCCAACAGCUGCAACAGUAACUAGAGCUAGAACAGCAUAUUCGAAGUGUCAGUGCAACUGUAUAACUAACAAAGCUGCAGAUCAAGUAUGAACAUUUCAAGCCACAGCAUGAACAAGUAUGACAUCAUAACGGCAGAGGAUCUGAACAUCAUCGACAUCAUCAUCAACUGCACGGUGAUCAACAUCGUGGCCGUCUUCGGCGUCGUCGGCAACGUCCUCAACGUGGUCAUCCUGUCCUACCAGGGCCUCGGGGACAGCACCAACGUCAUCCUGUUCUCCUUAUCCCUGGUGGACCUGCUGUACGUCGCCGCGCUGCCGGUCAGGAGGAUCAGCUGCCUGGUCAGCCGCUUUGAUCCCUUUCUGGCCAUGGAGGUGGAUGCUUACGUAAACAUGUGCCUGGCCGUUCCAUUAAGGUUAAUCAGCCUCAUCUCGUCUGCUCACAUCGUCUUGAUCUCCGCCGAGAGAAACGUCGCUGUUUACCUGCCCUUGUUGGUAACCAGAAUAUUUACAGUUCGCAACACUGUCAUCUAUUUACUAUUUCUGUACAUAUUUUGGCUCGUUCUGAGCGUUCCGCUUCUCAACAUGUUCGCUGUGACCUCGACCCUUGACCCCACAACCAAUACCACUCUGACAACCUUGACAUUUUCGGAAUUUUUUCUUUUCAACAUGGACGCACUCGUUUUUUAUAACCUCUUCGUUGUCACCAACAUCCGGGGCCCGAUGUCUCUGAUUUUUAUCUUUCUGUCGUCCAUAGCAACGGGGGCAAAGCUCCACCUAGCGACACAGAAAAGACUCAAGCUGACAUCGUCUGCGCAGAAGCCGAAAUUCGACAUCAAGGCGGUGAAAAUGCUUCUGAUGAGCAGCGGUUCUCAACCUCUCAACGGAAUUAAAUCAAAGUCAUGUGAUUAUUUCUUUGGGCGCCAAGGUAGCUACGCUUCUGAUACGAUGGACUGA